AUGAAGGUUGAUACUGCACCAAAGAAAGAUAAUAAAAAGGUUAAUGUGUGGUCUCGUGUUAGAAAAUGUUUUGGUUGCAGAAGAAAAGAAGGUAUCAGGCCUGAUGGCCUAGUCAUUAAUGCUUUAAUGAACGACGUGAGGGAAUACCCUAUUUUCAAAAAGUGUUUUGAAAAUAGGGGUAUCGGCAAGAUGAAUGUUUGUGAAGAUGGGGUAGAGGGGGUUGUCAGAGGUAUGUCAGUUAAUCCCUGUAAGGACAACCUUUCUUACCCCAUCUUCAAAAUGUGUCCUCAAAAAUUGAAGGUGGAGGAUAAUAUUAUUGAUCCUGUUGAGGAUGUUAAAUAUUCUUCCAAGGAUGAUACAAAAAUAAAACCCAUUUGCACAGAUUACGAUUUUGUAAAGCUAAUAGGCCAGGGUGGAGCUGCUAAGGUUUUCCUUGCCCGUUCCAAAACAAAUGGGAAGGAAUACGCCGCAAAGGUGAUUCGGAAGCAAUUCCGUGACGAUAUAGAGGAUGCCUACAGCAAAAGGCUAAUUCAUAGAGAAAAGUUAGUUUUCGAUAAAACUAAAAAACUCCCAUUUAUGGUUGAGUUAUUCGCCUACUACCACACCCCUAUGAAUUACGCCUUCAUCAUGGAGUACGUUGACGGUGGAGACCUCCAUCGUCACCUCCGACAUCAACCUAACUCUACACUACCCGAGCACCAUGCUCGUUUCUAUGCGGCGGAGAUAACCUUAGCACUCCACCACCUACACAGUAGAGGAAUCAUCCAUAGAGACGUUAAACCGGAAAAUAUUCUAUUGUGCUCCGAUGGCCAUAUCAAACUAUCUGAUUAUGGCCUAUGCACGGAUAUUCUACCAAGUUUCAUCGAAAGACGAAAAUCUCUGCGAGUCGGGACUGUCUACUACAAGGCACCCGAAGUUUCAUUCGAUCCAUAUUAUAGCUAUAGCAUAGAUUGGUGGGCCUUAGGGGUAGUUUUGUACGAAAUGUUGGUUGGCAAACUCCCCUUUGGCCUAGAAGCCAAGCCCUCUCACAACGAUGACCACUAUCGUUUACAAG